UGGUGGGUUUCCCGUGGCAGGCUAGGGUGUCGAACACGCGUCUGCUGCCGUAGGAGUGGCAAGGGACGGCAGAGAAAAUAGGAGUGGGAAAUAGAGAAACAAUUAAGGUAGUUGCGCCUGGACGCGCUAGGUGGCCGUGGGAAGCACAAUGUAAACAAAAUGUAGGAUGGAGAUCCUUUUCAAUGCCGACGUCAGGACAAGAUGCCAGCUGCUGACCACGUGACAGCACCUUUGCUGAGGAUUGUGGGAUUAAGCAAAAAAUUCCCCAGGACAUCAGUGCUCUACAAAGGCAAACAUGAGGGCUGUUAUUCAAAGAGUUCGUCGUGCAGCAGUAACAGUGGGUGAUGAGAUGAUCAGCUCCAUUGGUCGUGGAUUGUGUGUACUAGUUGGAAUCCAUAAGAAUGACACAUCAGCAGAUAUAGAAUUUAUGGUCCGCAAAAUACUGAAUACAAGAUUAUUUGAAGAUGGAAACGGGAAACGAUGGCAGUUAGGUGUAAAAGAUGCCGGGCUGGAGAUUUUGUGUGUUUCUCAGUUCACGCUGUACUGUGAAUUAAAGGGAAAUAAGCCAGAUUAUCGACAUGCAAUGGGAGGUGAAGCAGCCCAGCAGUUUUAUGAAGAAUUUCUUGGACAGUUAAGGAGGCAGUAUAAAGGAGACAUGAUAAAAGAUGGCAAAUUUGGUGCUAUGAUGCAAGUUGAUAUCCUGAAUGAUGGGCCAGUAACUAUCAACAUUGACUCACCUUCUAAGAAGGUUAAUGAAAAUCCUAUAGAUAAUCAUGAGUGAUAACUAAUAAUAAUUAUGUAUUUUAUAUAUAACUAUAUGUAAAUGUAAUAAAACAAUAUAUUAUAAA